AUGUCUUUCUUCGGAAUGGGUCGUCCCCAGCCCUCCUCGGAGGAGAAGGUCAUGAUGGUUGAGAAUGAAAUCAUCGCCAUGUCCGACCUCCACAACCGCCUCUCCAAGAUGUGCUCCGUCAAGUGCAUUCCCACCGACUUCCGCGAGGGCGAGCUCAACAAGGGCGAAUCCGUCUGCCUCGACCGCUGCACCGCCAAAUUUUUCGAGGCCUAUAUGAAAACCAACGAACUCAUGCAACAGUACGGCCAGGCAAUGCAGGGCGGCAACCCUUGA